AUGAGAAAUCUGCGGAACAUCCACCGUUCUCUGAUUCAAAGUCCGCAAAAUAGUGAGCUUACAGCUUCUGCGUGGGACGUAAGCCAAGCUGGCAGUAUCAUCGCCACUUUUGGGCCGACCAAGGAAAAUGCGCUGUUGGAACUCAAACGCUGGAACAAAUGGGAGAAAACUUGGGCUCAUAUCGCGUCUUGGGAUGCAGCAGAAUCUGCCGAAAACUAUGGCUACGACAGAGUUCUCGACCUGCAUCACUUUUCUGACAAUGCAACCAAUGUCAUCAUCUUAGCUGCAGGAGAUAUUGUCGUUGUCCGGGAGGAUCCACAAUCCAGCGAAGAGAAGAUUGAAAUCGUCGGCACCGUCGAUGCGGGCAUCUCAGCUGCUGCUUGGUCACCUGAUGGAGAGCUCCUAGUCAUAAAUACGUUGGCAUCUACUUUGCUUUACAUGACGAGGGAUUUUGAGAAUAUCGUCGAUCUAGAAUUGACUGCUGAUGACUUCAAAGCCUCAAAUCAUGUUUCCGUAGGGUGGGGAAAGAAGGAAACGCAAUUCAAGGGCAAAAAAGCAAGAGCGUUACAGGAUCCCACUGUUCCAGAAACCGUAGACGAAGGGAUCUUGCAUGAGCUUGAUAUCAAGACAGGUGCAAGAAAGACUGAAAUCAGCUGGCGUGGAGACGGUGCUUAUGUUGCUCUCAACAGUAUCCAAGAUUCCCGUCGUGUGAUCCGCAUCUACUCAAGGGAAGGUGCCCUCGAAAGCGUAAGUGAACCUGUCGAUUAUCUCAUGAGUGCUCUUAGUUGGAGGCCUGCUGGCAACCUAAUUGCGAGCAUUCAGCGGCUGGGCCGUAACACUAAAGUAGUCUUCUUCGAAAAGAAUGGACUCCGUCAUGGCGAGUUUGAUUUGCGCUUGAGUCAAGCAGAGACAGAGACUUGGGCUAAGGACAUUUCUUUGAAAUGGAACGUUGACUCAUCUGUGCUGGCAGUGUGCUUCUUGGAUCGCGUUCAACUCUGGACUAUGGGCAAUUAUCAUUACUACUUGAAACAAGAAAUUACAUGUCAUUCACAUCCAGGCCCAACGAAAUCACAAUAUCAUCUGGAAUGGCAUCCUGAGAAGCCUCUGACUUUGUUAUUAUACAGCGAUCAUCAUGUAGAAAGACUCGUGUAUGCUUCGCUCAUAUCGUCUGCUCCUACUUCUACUCCCGAUGACUAUGGUUUGGUUCCAGUCAUAGACGGAAAAACUUUGAAACUUACACCCUUGAGGAUAGCUAACAUUCCGCCGCCAAUGGCUUUACAUGAGCUUGAAUUGGCUAGGAAUAUAAAAGACGUAGCUAUCUUGAGCAUAAUCAAAGGAAACGGGAUACGGCAGAGUAUUAUCGCUGUUUUGAACGAAGAUUUAUGUUCGGUGUUUGAGUACGAUGUGGUAUCCAAUGCCCUAGCGGCGCCAACGCUUACAUGGCAAUCAAGUUUCAUGAGAACAGACGAAUCUGCGUAUGCGAUGAGUCUUCAGAUAGCUUCAAGAGCGGAACGAUUCUUCGACAUUCUUCACAAUACUUUGGACGGGUUUUUCCUAACGACUGUGGAUGUUUCGAGUGAAGCCACACAGUGGAACGUCGAUCGUAGUUUCAAUGUACCAGAGCAAACGGAAGUUUUGAUUCCUCAAAAACGGACUAUUAGUCCUGAACCUCAUAUUCUUGCAGAUGGCCCAUCCCUCUCCUCAUCCUCAACGGUUGGAUUGCCGCGGAUGGCCCACGUAGAUCCAUCUUCAACCUUUAGCGUUGAUGCGGUGGUGACCAGCAUAGACCCCAGAAAAGGUAGCGAUCCUGCAUCACCGAACGGGAACAUUGAUGGCCUGACUUCUGAGCACUUGGUGUCUAUCAAAUUGGAUGAAAAUGGCCGUUUCUUUAUCAAGGACAAGUGCAUUGUCAAAGGUUGUACAUCAUUCAUUACCACGUCAGCUCACCUCAUAUUCACCACGAAGACUCUACUGAAAUUCGUUCAUCUCAAUGGUCGCUCUGAUUCCCUUGAUGUGCCUCCAGAUUCACCGGAGUCGGAUGAACGUUGCAGAAGCAUUGAACGUGGAGCGAAGUUGGUCACAGUCAUACCUACAAUAUCUGCGCUGGUCCUGCAAAUGCCGAGAGGCAAUCUAGAAACUAUCUAUCCUCGUGCUCUUGUUCUGGCAGGAAUUCGAGAAAGCAUCAAGCAUAAAAGAUAUAAGCAGGGCUUGCUAGCUUGCAGAAACCAUCGUGUCGAUAUGAAUAUCCUACACGACUAUAAUCCGAAUCAGUUCCACUCGCACGUAAAUUUAUUCAUUGAUCAAGUCAAGAAAGUCGAGUAUAUUGAUUUGUUCCUCUCUCAACUCAGGGAAGAGGAUGUUACUGAGACCAUGUACAAAGAGACAUUGAAAUCUUCCGAUGGCAAGACACAGCACAUUUCUGAGCAGGAUAUUAAGACAAUAUACAAUUCUCAAACGAUGGACUCUAAGGUCAAUCAAAUAUGCAGGGCUUUCCUCCAAGCCUUUAGAAGUCGUUCUUUUAAGUAUCUGCAAAGUACAGUCACGGCUUAUGCCUGUAUGUCACCGCCAGACCUGAGUGCUGCACUACUACAUAUUGCAAACUUACGUAAGAGUAACAGCGACCGUACGGAUGCGAUGAUCGAACACAUUUGUUUCCUUGCAGACGUCAACAAGCUCUACGACCACGCACUGGGGCUUUAUGACCUAGAGUUAACUUUAUUGAUCGCGCAGCAAUCUCAAAAAGAUCCAAGAGAAUACCUGCCAUUUCUCCAAAAUAUCCAAAAGAUGUCUGAUUUGCGGCGAAAGUUUGCAAUUGACGAUCAUUUGAGACGCCACCCAAAAGCUCUUCAACAUCUCUGCGAUUUAGAUACAUUUGAGGAAGUUCAAACCUACGUUGUUAAGCAUGGACUGUAUCAUCAAGCGAUGUCACAUUACAAGUAUCAACAAGAAAAGUUAGCACAGCUUACAAGGCUCUACGCUGAUCUCUUGCAAAACCAAGGCAAAUUCAGUGAUGCAGGUAUAGCUUACGAGUCUUUACGAGAUUUUGCAUCAGCAAGCGAAUCCUAUCGUCAAGCUCAUAUGUGGCAGGAAAGUCUCGCAAAUGCUGGGCUUGCAUCGUUCGAGGCAGAACGCUUGCAAUCGUUAGCAGACUCUCUUUCUGAGACACUGGUGGAGACCAAAGAUCUCCAUUCCGCGGCUGUGAUCAAGUUGGACUACCUGGAGGACAUUCCGACGGCUGCCCGCCUUUUUUGCAAAGGCUAUCAUUUUGCUGAUGCGAUACGUAUCGCGACUUUACAUCACCGCUUGGAUCUGCUAGAGUCGGUCAUUGACCCUGGCUUGAAUGAAGGAAUGGGAACGAUGACUGAGUUGCUUGCAGACUGCAAAAGCCAGCUCAACGCUCAAAUCCCACGGAUCAAGGAACUUCGAGUCAAAAAAGCUGAGGAUCCAUUUGCUUUCUGGGAUGGCGACAUUCCGGGGGGUGGUGAUGUGCCUGAUGACAUCUCAAUUGCGCCUACAGAUGCAUCAACUACGGGUGGCUCACUCUUCACCCGCUAUACAAAUCGGACAGGCACAGUCGGAACAAAUGCGACCAGGAAAACGUCAAAGAAUCGCAGAAGAGAGGAAAGAAAAAGAGCAAGAGGCAAGAAGGGUAGUGUGUAUGAAGAAGAAUAUCUCGUGAAUAGCAUAGGGAGACUCAUAGAAAGAAUCAAUUCUGUAAGUGACGAAGUCUCGCGGCUGGUAGUCGGCCUUUUGAGGAGGAGGAUGACAGAGCAGGCUCGAUCAGUGGAGGCUGCAAUGUUGGAGAUUGUGGAUAGAUGCCAAAAGUGUCUUGGUGAAGUAUUCCAGUCUGAGAAGCCACAAGACAGAAAUGACACAGGGCCAGGUGAUAAUAACAUUCACAUGUUUGAGCCGCCAGCUCGCGAGGACAGCUCCUUGGAAGUACAGGACGAGAGCAGCGAACCAAGAAAGCCACCAAUAGUAAGAGAUUUCAAGGGGCUUUCCUUACUUGGUGGAUAA